UCCAUCAUCAUCCUUACCGUAAUGAAACAAGAGAAAAAGUAGCUUUAGUAAGAUCAACAUGAGCACUCAAAGGGGUUACAUUCGUUUAUUGUCAACUUGUAAGGUAUCAAGAAACACCCAACUUAAACAGCCUAUCAGAGCACAAAGUACGUGCUGUCGUGUGUCUUCAUCAAUGCCGCCAAAACGAAACGAUAGGCGUGCAAUCACACCGCCAUCUCCCAUUCAAACUGCCAAAGUACAUACAAACGGGGGCGAGACAUCAACAAAGGAUGAUUCGAUAGAUCUAUCAAAAUUACAAGCUAAACCAUGUCAUUGUUGUGGAAGAGAAAUCACUCCACGCAGUAAAUGGAAGAGAAAUUGGGAUGAAAUUCGAUUUUGUUCAGAUCAAUGUAGAUCUUGGCCAGGAACGAUCAAAGUGUUUACUUAUCAAGGUGGCGAAGACGUAGGAAGUCCAGCAGGCGUGAAUAUGAACAAAGUCACAAAACCAACAGAAUUGGAGGGGAAUUCGAAUCUUGAGAAAUGCAUUAAUCGCGAUGAAGGUGAUCCAAACAAAGAAACACCUCUAGGUCCACAACAUCAGCUGCUAGUGCAUGAACUAGACCUGGAUGCAUGGAUAGAAUCAUCAAUAUGGGCAGUGGCUCAACAAUCAUCAAAAGCAACAAAGCUAAAAACACUCCAAGAUGUUGCACAAGUGAUGGAUGAUGACAUGGACAAGAUAUCAGACGUUCAAUUAGGCAAUGCAAUUCACGAGUACUUAAAACAUUCACAUGCAGGAUUAAGAGAAAUGAUCAGAAGGGCUGCUAGACGAUUGGUUGUGAUGCCUUCUGAAUCAUGGGCUUGCUCUAAGCGCAAUUUGAUCGGUGAAAAAGUCCCCGUCCUUGCCUUAUCGCAGAAAGAUGGUCGUCAAAGACUCAUCACCUUAUCCGACGUCAGUCAUGCAAAAGGAGAAAUAGAAGUCUCAAUAGACAAAUCGUAAAAGCAUGUAUUGCAUACUGUACAUAUAAUCCUAAUUAAUACAAAAUUUCAGUAGUGUGUGCAUA